AUGCCUCAGAAAAUCAAGUCCGACGCCUCCACGCCUCCUCCGGACGUCAAGCCCGCGAAGCGCAAGCUCGAGAACGCCCAGUCGCCGGCACCUAAGCGCACCGCCGUCUCUCGCUGGUCGGACGCGGAGCAGUACCGCGGCCUUCUCUAUGCCGUCUCGCGCAACAACGUCAAGCUGAGCGCGGAGGAGCAGGCGGAGCUGGCCAAGCUGCUGGGCCGCACGCCGUCUGCCGUGCAGACGUGGUGGAACAGGACGGUCAGCGCGCAGAUACGCGACCUGUACAAGGCGCCCAAGGAGCAGUAA